CCGAAAACUAUAAAUACUUCUCUUUCUAAGUUCUAACCACCAAUUCCUUGCCCUAGAGAUUGCACGCCCCUCUCUUCUUCUCGCCCCCUCUCUGAAGUCUCUCAGCCGCCGACAAGCGUCCUCUGUCAACGCAAUCCAUUUCCACUCCCGCUGCUCUCCCGCUCUUCUUCCAGAUCGUCGAUUCGCCGUCUCAAUUUCCACCACAGGUCUUCCAACCCGCGGCUUCAUCUUCCCUGAACGUCGCUGUCUCAGAUCUCGUCGAGUGAUGCUCGCCGGAAGCUUUCGGUUUCUUCUUCUACCUCUGGAGAAAGUUUAGUUCUGUUGGUUCAUGGAUGCUGUCGAGUUGAACUAUCCAGUGGGUGUGGCGGCGGCGGCAGUCGGGGCAUCGAAAUUGGUCGGAUCGGAGAGGGUUGGUAGAGAUAGGGUUGCGGUUUUUGGAGUGGAGCCUCUGGUGAAGCCGGCGAGAGGUCUGCGUGAUGCAGGUGAAGGAAGUUCAGUCAAUGCUUUGGUUUCUGCUCCGUGGAAUAAUGGUCCAACCAUUGAAGUCUGUAAGAAGAAUAGUGAAGCAUCCAACAAUCAUAGAGAUGACUUAAGUAAACACCUCUUUAGUAGUGAAACGAGUAGUCCAUCGUGGUUGCUGAAGUGCGACGAAGGAAAGGUAAAUAGAAAAGCUGGAAGAGUGUCAAAAGGUGGUAGUGGUUCUGCUAAAAGACCAAGGACAUCUCUGGUAGAAGAUGCUGCUGGUUUGACUGGGAUUGAUGAUACAAAAGAUUUGUUAGAUAAAACUCAAUUUGCGAGACAGAGGAACAACAGUAGCGGUAGGCGAGGUGACAGAAGAAAUUCCAAGAUUUCCCCGAAAGCAAAAUAUGAUCCAUUUUCAGUGAAAGGCAGUUUCCCAAGCUUUAGUUCAACUGCUGGUGCUAACAACUUUUCAGUGUUAUAUGGUCUGAAGACAGAUGUUCAUGAUAUCGCUGACCUUGUUGAUGAUUUAUCAUUGAAUGAUCUCCUUUCGGGCACUUAUCAGUGCCGCAGCUUAGGCAAAGAAAAGGGAAAGAAACCAGCAAAUUCGACCGAGUGUCUUCUACAAUCACUUAGAAAGGCUUGUUCCAUUCUUCAGGUCCCUAAACCUUUCCCAACCCAAAAUGCUACCGUGAUAGACAACUCUUUGAAUGAUACCACAGGAAUAUGUCCACCAAAUUCUCUCCCUCGUAGUGUAAGUGGAAAUACUGCAGAAACUACCCCCACAGAUUUGUCUUCUUCCGAUAAGGAUUCUUGCAGCAAGCCCGAGUCUUCUGCUCAAUUACUAGAUUUCCAAUUUGAUCAACCUAAAGAUACUUUACAAGGCCUGGCACUUGGACCAUCGAAGGACUUGGAGUCUUUGCUUCAGGAUGCUGGGAAGCCAGCUGCAUCUUCUAGGAGUACUGCACCUGACCCACGUCCAGGCCAGCAGUUGGCAAGCCUAGCUAGCUUGCCCCCUUUUCCUUGGUCACAGAAUUUUGGUGGACAUUGUAGGGCCUAUUCUGAUUCAGCUAAGUUGUUAACAAGUAGGAGCACAUGCCAAGGUAGAUGGGCAAAAAUAGACAACUGUAUUAGGUGUAUUGGUGCUCCUUCAACUAGCUUCACAAACCUCGAGUCUCUUGCUUAUGAUGAGGCCUUAGUUCCUUCAUCUGGCCCAAAGCUAGAAAGUGAUUAUAGAAGUGCUGCUGCAUCAAUGUCUUGUACAUGCAAACACAGUUUAUCAACAACUUUGACUUCUCUGACAUCCCAAGUUUCUUCAGAAUCUGGGGGUGACAUGAAGACCAUCGGAAAAGCCGAACAUUGUCCAAAACUUGUAGCAGCUGCUCAAACCCUGGUAGACAUUGCUGCUCAUGGUUCGAAAAGCCUAAUAAACCUCGAAAAAACAAUGAAAUGGCCAAAGCAACCUUCUCAGAAAGCCAUGAAGGCUUGCAAGUUGAAAUCCAAUGAGAAGCACGACUUAUUUAUAGCGUCGACUUCAUUAGUGGUGGGCCUGGUGGCAUCUGACCGUAUGAUCAGAGGCGGCACAAUGGAUCAAGUGAUGCCCUCCAAGAGGCCUAAGCUGUCUACUGUAGAGAACAAAAGGUACCCUGGCCACAUCAAUGGUAGCAUUAGAAAGGGAUCUUCAUUGCUUUGGUCUACCCCCAAAUCAAGCAGGUCUUCCUCCAGCAAGCCACUCGAGGACUCCAUUACUGGAAGUAGACAUUCAGCUGCCUACGUUCUACAGAAAACGUGCAUGAUGCCACCUCCUGCCAAAGCUUUGGGGAGAAGUUGCGGCAGCAGCAGCCAACCAAAGGUUCGUAAGUUGAUGUGAAUCAAUGGUUUUAUCUAUCCAAGGUGAACUCCAGCCCCAACAGGGGGUUGGUUUUUGUAAAUAUGAUUGUGGGGAUUGUUGUAGGGGGAUAUCACAGUGUAGGGGUGGGUAUUGGGAAACAAAUGAUUUGUUGUAUGAAGGUGUAGGUGUUUCACCUGGAGAAUAGGUUGAAACCUGCAAGUGUUGUAACACAUAAAAGAAGUCACAAGCCACAGUUGUAGCAGAUUACAUCAGGGGGGAAAUUCUUUGCCUUUUUCUGUAGAGCGAUUCGAUUGGGGCAAUAGAAAUUUCGGUUAGUAGUAUAUAAUGAUGUUAUAUGGGCUCUCAGUUAUGGGAUGCCCCCUGUUGGAAAACAAUGGGGCUUGCUGUACUGUUUGGAUUGCAGGUUUGAUGAGUUUUCUUCUUUCCUUUGAUCCUGAGAAUGGUGAAAGAGGGUUCCUUUUGGAAGAGUACUGAUUCUCUUUCUGAAGUGAAAGUUGUCGGUGCUGCUGUGAUGUGGCCCAGAAAGGAACAGGAGGAGGAUACAGAGAAUGCAGUUCCUGUUGUUUGUGAGUCAAUUGUAUCUGGCUAUAGAACCAUACUUGGGUUGGCUUCGUCGAGGCUCAAGUUAUAGGACGGUAGGGUAGGAUAAGGAAGGAGACCCAUUUUAUAGGCACUAGUGAAAAGGUUCCCUUUGGUCGGCGCUGGGUUUGUUAUCCUUCCUUUUCUCCUUGGUCUAUGGAGAGUUUUUUUUUUUCUUUCUCAUUUCUUGAGUUGUUAAAUGAGGUUUAAAUGCAAAAUUUUAACGUUUUGA